UUAAAGGUUCUUCGCAGGCGGGGGCGUAUGCCCGCAGCCCGAGUGCAUGCUCGGACACACCUGUGUGAACUCCAGUGUUCCGUCAGUGUUGGGAUAGCCGUAAUAAUUAUGGUAUAAAAUAAUACUCGAGAGCCUUUUCGAAGUUUUUCUCCUCCUGAAAAGACCUCCUUUCUGUCCUGUGUAUCUGAGCCGUUUGUAUGCAAUGCAAACAGGGAUGAAGAUUGAUAGUAAAACCCCAGAAUGCCGAAAAUUUUUAUCCAAGCUUAUGGAUCAGUUGGAAGCUAUGAAAAAGCAAUUUGGUGAUAAUGAAGCAAUUACUCAGGAAAUUGUUGGUUCUGCUCAUGUGGAGAAUUAUGCUUUGAAAAUGUUUUUAUACGCAGACAAUGAAGACAGAGCUGGACAAUUUCAUAAAAACAUGAUAAAAUCCUUUUAUACUGCAAGUCUCCUGAUAGAUGUUCUGACAGUAUUUGGGGAGCUCUCUGAAGAGAAUGCACAGCACAGGAAGUACGCCAGGUGGAAGGCAGCAUACAUCCAUAACUGCUUAAAGAAUGGAGAGACUCCUCAGCCUGGCCCCAUUGGAAUGGAAGGAGAGAGUUUUGCAGAUGUUGAAAAGGAAGAAGCGGGGUCAUCUUCUGUCCAUAGUGGAACAACUCAACCAGCAUCAUCAUCUACAUAUGAAGCUAACAACACACCAACUAGUAAUUACACUGGCAUACAUAUACCACCAGGUGCCCAUGCACCAGCCAACACUCCAGCUGAAGUACCUCAUAACACAGGAGUGACAAGUAACACCAUUCAACCUGCUCCUCAGAAUAUUCCUCUAGUCGAUCCUUCCCUUUACAGUGCUCAGUCUGGAGGAGAAGUCCGCUUGACUCCAGAGGACUUUGCCAGAGCUCAAAAGUAUUGCAAAUAUGCUGGCAGUGCUUUGCAAUAUGAAGAUGUGAGCACUGCUGUGCAGAAUCUACAGAAGGCCCUCAAGUUACUAAUUACAGGCAGAGAAUGAAGCCUUUAUUCAACAGAUUCGUCUUUUGCCUAAAAAACUAACAUCUUAUUACUGUACCUGUUAGGGUAGGGGAGUUACUCAGAAAUUCUCAAUUCCAUCACCCAGGACAAUGAAACCCCUUUUCAUUGUCAGAUUAGCAAUUAAAGGUACAGUAGGAAUCUCUGUUUUCAUCUUACAGACAGUGGAGCUAGAAACAUGAAUGCAGUGGCUUGUUGUAAGCAAAAUACUGAAGAAAGUACUACGAACACCGUGCAAAAGUUAGAAUACUUGCAGUAUUUAGAUUAUCAGAAUGGGAAAAUGCUGACUGUAAAAGACUUGAGAAUUAGGAUGUUCUGUUAAAAUUCUUACUCUUAUUUUAUUAUUCCAAACAAUUAUUUAAUAAGUAUAAUAGCUUUAAAAUGGUAACUAAGAUUAGUGCUUUCCUCCUAAAAUGAGAGAAUGUGAGAAGGCUGACAGAUCCACAGUAGGAAGAACUUUAUUCUGUAUAUGAAUUAUUUCGGUAUUUGUAUUACCUGAGACAUAAGUCAAGGUUGAGGGAGACUUGAGGACCUUUGCGUCUCAUUUUAAAAUGUACUGGAAAAAACAUCUCUUGUUACUUCAGAAAGAGUAAUUUUGAUGGUGUUCCAACCUAAUCCCCUAUAGCUGCAUGGAUUGCAACAUGUAUUCUUCAUUAUUGGUUCUUGCUCCUUCUGUGUGAACACUUUACAAUUUUGUAUAUGUAAGGGAAAUUAAGGGAAAGUACUAAUAUUUAUCAGCAGUGAUCCUGAAACUGGAGGCAGAGAUUCUAAACAUGAACUUUUAGGGAGAUUUACUUCAUAACUGUUCCAUCUUUUUAAGAGGCUGAAAAAAAAGCUUGUUCUUCAGCCAAUAAAGCAGUAUAGGUUUGUCUCUGGUCUUAGUGUCAUAGAGUUUCGUAUUUUCAACUAAUAUUUUUCCUGUCUGCUUUGUUGUGGAGACUUUUUGGACUUGGGAUUUAAUUAAAAUAUCUUGGAAACUGGA